UUGGUUUUCUAUACGUUUCUCGCAAUGUCGCAGUUGUUCUUCUCUGCUCUGAUUUUACUUUUCGAGUUUUCUAUUGUCCAUCCCAAGGAAACUUUAAAUUCUGUUUACCUCGAUGGAGAAAAAGCAUUUAAAAUGUAUUGGGUGUACAAUGAUGGCACCAAUACAGUCAAUUUUGUUUUGGAGGUUAGCACGCUCGGAUGGGUCGGUUUCGGAUUUGCCAACAAAAUCAACAGAAUGAAAAACUAUGAUGUGAUUGUUGGAAAGAUUGAAAAUGGAAGGGGAUGGCUCACCGAUCGUUUUACCGGCGGUUAUUCAGAACCUUUAGCAGAUCUAUACCAAGAUUAUAAUCUUACAGGUUUCAAUGAAAGCAACGGCAAAACAUUCUUGGAAUUCUACAGAAAAAGAGACACUGGCGACAAGAAAGACAUUGAAAUCAAGCCAGGACCGAUGCUUUUGGUGUACGCUUACCACACACUGGAUUAUCCAUCGCCUUAUAAAACAAAGCACGAAAAGCAGGGCUUCAAAAUAGUCACCUUAAUCCCAGCAGAUACAAGCACGACCCAGGCACCCAAACGCAGCACCAAUGUCAGAAGUCUGAGGCUCACAAUAGAAAAUAAUCAGACGAAAACCACCACACCAGCGCCCUUCACAGCUACAUUGGAGGAGACUGAGAAAGCAAGAGUUCUUGGAUCCAUAUCUUCAUACACUCGUGGUUCAACUUUCCUGACGUUCUUACUUUUAUCAUGUUUAUUUGUGCAAUCGAAAGUAAAUUUUUGAACAUUCCACCCAAUUUAUUUUUGUUCUUGUUAUUAACUCUUGGCUCAUAUUUCGAGGUUUCUCCACGCCCACAAUAUGUGACUUGAAGGUAACAUAGGUGCUUCAUCAUUGCCAACAUUUUGCCUACAAACACCAAUGUCACUUGUGACUUGAAAUAAAUAAUUGUUGUAGCAUAGACCUAUAUAGAGCACUUUUUUCAUUAGUUGAAAGUAAUCUUCAAAGUAAUGAUGGAUUAUGUGUUAGAAAGCUUGAGUCUAGAGUUGGAAAAAAAUAGGAGACUUGAUGCUUUGCCAAAAAAGAUUCCCACGUAUACAUUGCCGCUUCCCUUUUAAACUAAUUGAAGAAAGACCAGAAAACUGAUUUCGCUAGGAAAUCUUAAUUAUCCAAUUUUCCUUGAGCUCCGCUUUAAUAACUGAAGCCUAAAUAAAUUCUUUUCCUCAGCGAGGACAAUUACCAAUGUUUUGUAGAAGGCUAAGAAAUAGAUCAAUU